ACAACGUAUGUUGUUAUGGACGCCUCUGCCGAAUUAACGCUAUUUAAUGACUGGACGAUCGCCAAACUAAGAGAAUUUUUGAGAGAGAAUAAUCAAAUAAUAUCAGGUAGCAAAAAGGAACUUGUCGAAAGAGCACGCGGCGUUAUUAUUCUUAAACUAACGGCUGUCCAAGGGCAAAACAAUGAGUCUGAGAAAAACUCCAAAUCGUCAACUUUUCCAGAUGGAGAACCUAUACCCGAUAUCCGCACUCUGUCUAACUGGUCAUCAGAUUUUACUAACAUUCCCGAUUUUUCAGAGAAAGAUAUUUAUAAUUAUCUUGUAAUCAAAAUGAACACUAAACGUCAACUUAAAUCAAAAGUGUUCCUUGAAGAUAAACAUGUCCAUUCGGUGGAAUACAACCCUAUCAAUAAUGAAAGUUCUCAUUGUGCCAUACGUUGUAAAGUUAUACCAUCAUUCCCAUCAGCUGACAUGAGCAAGCGUCCUGACUAUGAUGUGUCAACAUUUUUGUCAAAGGUUACAGGCAAUGUGUUCGCUGCACAUUGCACCUGUACAGCAGGUUUUGGUGAGGCGUGCAACCACAUUUCUGCAUUACUUUAUACAAUUGCUGACAUUGCUGAAAAAAAGAAAAGUGGUCUUCUUUCAUGUACGUCAACAAAAUGUGUGUGGAACAACCCAAGGAAAAGAAAACUUAGUCCAAAAAAGUGCAGUGAAAUAAAAUUCAAAAAGUUUUCAUUUGGCUGUUCAUCAGUUCUAGAAAAUAAAACCAGCAAAUCUGCAACUAACAGCAUCAUAGCAUCAACAACAUUCAACGUAGAAAGAUUUAGAAAAACUCUUGUUGAAAAAAAAUCUAAAGCAGGCUGGCUUACAUAUUUUGCAAAGAAAAAAGAUGGUACUGAGGAAAAUAUACCAUUGCUUCAUAAUAUUUUAUUUAUGUAUCAUGAUAGUGUAGAUAUGUGUAAUUCACAAGUACAAAGUGAUUUGUGCAAAUAUUUUGAGUCUCUCUCUGUGUCAGAUGCUGAUUGUGCCAAAAUUGAAAAACUUACAAAGGGUCAAAACAAAAGUCAGAACUGGUUUGAAUGCAGGAAAGGAAGGUUGACAAGUUCAAAUUUUGGAAAACUUUGUAUCCCCGCCACCAUGGAUUAG